GAUAGCAUUUACCAGAUGAAAAAUGAAGCAGCAGCUCUGAAGCCUGAGCAACGGACCUCGGCAGCCCCAACCCAACCUGGCUUAACUCAGCCUCACUGAACCAGAUCCAACACUCUUGGCUCCCUGGGCUUACUACAGCUCUCUGAUUCUUAGAAUCUUCUCAGUUCCAGCUAGAAUGCUACGUCAGGCACUUCGCAGAUUUGGUCGAAAGCUGGUAUGCAGACGUCCGCUGGAGAAAAAAGUGUAUGAGUUUAAAUCUGGCAUAAAACCGAGCACUCUGGACUUAGUGGCCCUUGGUGUGGGCCACACAGUGGGUGUUGGUGUGUAUUUCUUGGCUAAUGAGGUGGCCGGUAAUCAAGCAGGACCAUCCAUUGUGAUCAGCAUUUUGGUGGCGGGCCUGACAUCAUUGUUGGCUGGGCUGUGCUAUGCAGAGUUUGGUGCCUGGCUUCCCCAUUCUGGCUCUGCAUAUCUCUACACCUAUGUCACUAUGGGUGAACUCUGGGCUUUCAUCACUGGCUGGAACCUUAUCCUCUCCCUUGUUGCUCGUGCAGUUAUUGUGAUCCAGGCCUGGACCUUAACUUUUGACAUCUUGUAUGGGAACAGGAUCUCUGCGACCCUGCAUGAGAGCAUCUCACAACAUGUUCCCCAAGUCAUUGCAGACAAUCUAGGCUACUUUGCUAUGAUCCUACUGUUGUUUACCAUAGAAAUUCAAUAUCUGAUAUAUCAUGACUACCACAUAAUUUUCAAACUGCUUACAUUGGUAAAACUUUUGGUUCUCAGUUUUGUCAUCAUCUCUGGCUUCAUAAAGGGGGACCUGCACAACUGGAAGCUCACAGAAGAGGACUACGUACAGGCUGGACUCAAUGACACCUCUAGCUUGGGCCCUCUGGGCUCUGGUGGAUUCGUGCCUUUUGGCUUUGAGGGGAUUCUCCGUGGAGCAGCUACCUGUUUCUAUGCUUUUAUAGGCUUCGACAGUAUUGUUACCAAAGUUGAGGAAGCCCAGACUCCCCAGCGUUCCAUCCCCAAGGGCAUUGUGAUUUCACUGCUCAUCUGCUUUUUGGUGUAUUUUGGAGUCUCUGCAGCACUUACACUCAUGGUGCCUUACUACCAGCUUCAACCUGGGAGCACCUUGCCUGAGGCAUUUCUCCAUAUUGGCUGGGCCUCUGCCUAUUAUGUUGUAGCUUUUUCGAUUUUCUUUAGUAUUGCUAUUGGCAGUUAUAUGAACUUUACAUUCCCCAUACGUCAGGUGACAUUUAUGAUGGCAAUGGACGGUCUCCUGUUCCCUGUUCUUGCCAGGUUCCUUUUCAGCGCAUAUGGCCGCUUCCUGACCACUGUGAUCUUUGUCACUAUUGCAGCAAUCAUGGCAUUCUUCUUUGGACUCACUGAUCUUCUGGACCUCAGUUCAAUUGGGACCCUGAUAUCUUAUUCCCUGGUAGCUUUUUGUCUUCUCAUCAUCAGGUAUCAGCCUGAGUGGACGAAUGAAGAAAACGAAGCACAGGUGCAGGAGGAGAAUGGGGGAAAUGAGGCGCAGGUGCAGGAGGAGAAUUUGGGAAAUGAAGCGCAGAUGCAGGAGGAGAAUGGAUCUGCAGCAGAGAAGCUGACUCUACAGGGACUAUUCUUUCCAGGCAGCCCCACCCCCACUCCACUCUCUGGCCAGGUUGUCGUUGUUUGCUCCUCACUGCUUGUUCUGCUGCUGACUCUUCUCUGCCUGGUGCUGGCCCAGUGGCCAGGUCUGCUCUCUGGAGACCCAGCGCCGAUCACAGUGGUUGUGCUGCUCCUGGUGCUCAUCACUGGGAUCACUGGGGUCAUCUGGAGGCAGCCACAGAGCUCCACUCCCUUUCCCUUUAAGGUCCCUGCUGUGCCUCUCCUCCCACUCCUGAGCAUCUUUGUGAAUGUUUGCCUUAUGAUGCAGAUGACAGCUGGAACCUGGCUGAGAUUUGGUGUCUGGAUGCUGAUUGGGUUUGCUCUCUACUUGGGGUAUGGGAUCUGGCACAACCUGGUGGUUUAA